CUCAAGUGGAUGUGCACACAGGCAGCAGGUGGUGGAAGCCAUGGUGAUGCAGGAGGCCAUGACAAAAGUGAUGCAGGCAGCUGUGGUGAUGGAGGUGAAGAAGUUCCAAGCGGGGAAGUGGUGACGGCACAUCGCGAAGCUAUCUUGGCUCGCAGGGCACUCCUUGAGAGGGAUACCCAAGCCAGAAUAACCAAGCUCAGGGUCACUACCCUGGAGAGGUCACUCCAUCACCGCCAGCAUGAGGUGAUGGGACUAGAGGAGAAAUUGAGGGAGUCGCAGACGCAGAUUCAGCAUUUGGAAACAGAGGGUGCUCAGUUGCGAGCGCAGGUCACCACACUCUCCACUCAGCUUGCUCAUGCUCGAAGAGCACACAGCCCAUCCACACCCUCAUGCUGACAGGGUGGGUGCUCUGGAAGGUGAAGUGUCUCGUCUUGCAGGACAGUUGGCAGCCAGAGACCAACAACUCAAGCAGGUGACAGAGCAGGAGACUAGGGAAAAGCAGAGAGUCCAGGAGCUCCAGCAGGAGGUGGCCACCCUCACCAAAUCUCGCAAUGAUGCCCUUCAUAAGGUAUCAAGUAUGGAGGCAACACUGGGUGACUCUCAGGAAACUUUGGAGGCCACCAAAAUGAUGGAGAAGUUGUGGGAGGCUCAACUGGCUAACAUCGAGGAGGAGAUGGCCAGGCUCUUGUGUGAGAGCAACCAACUGAAGGACUGUAACUCUGCCCUUCAUGAGCAGUUGUCAGCACGAGACUCUGAGAUGGAUGCCCUGAGGCGCCAAGUGAGGGCACGAGAGGCCCAAGUAGAGGAGCUUCGCCAGGCCAGAGACCUCUUGGCCAACGAUGCCCAGGUGGUGGUGGCAGCUGUUAAGCAGUGGCUUCACGAGCAGAAGACUGCUAAUUCUAAACUCGCUGGGAAACUUCACCACCAGAACAAACAAAUUCUCCUCCUCAACACCGAGAAGCAGUUCUUGGCCGAGCGAAACACCAGCCUCCAAAGGACUAACCAUGACCUCUCAGUCCAGCUCCAUGACCUCCGAGUACGAGUGGGCCUUCCUCUCACCCCCACACCACCUGAGAAGGUGGGCAAAAUUGGCAGGAUAGCAUCCCCAUCCCUUGGGACAUAUCAGAACCUGGGAAUGUCCCCAACUCGGCCACUGUCCACUGGUGCCUACCUUGACAAUUUCCUGGGGCUUUCUAGUCCUCUAGACACCAAAUAUGAGGAUGUUCUAAGUACAUGUUCAUCAGAGGGCGGCAGCAGCAGCAGCAGCGGGUGUCAGGUACCAGGACUUGACCUGCCUGGAGCAUCACAUCUGGAGCGACUUGCACAUUUAGCUGACUCCCUCCUCAUCGCUUCCAGGAACAUCAGUAGAGCUUCAGGCCUCAUUUCUAGCUAUAACCCAGGAAAAAUUACUUCAGCCAUCUCCCUGGGUGACCUCACAUCAAGCACUACAUUAAGUCAAAUGAGGUCAACUUUGGCACUUUCUAAAGCAACAUCAUCAUCAACUGGCAACUUGGCUUCCUUCCUCUCCCAUGACAGAAGUGAUGAUGCCAUGAGCCCUGUAUCUAAACUGAGUGGGAGGGUCACCGACUUCACCUUGUUAUCACCAGGGCCAAGAGUCAAGUGCCGAGGAAAUGAAGUCAUCUUAGCUGCCCCAGUGAAGGAGAGGAGGUCAUCACUUCGUAUGUACAACAAUGACAGCAUAGAGGAGGCAGAUGAAGAAGAGGUGCCAACCGAUCAUGCUACUAGCAAAAUCCAUACACUACAUAAGCCAUCUUCCUCCUUCAGGAAGUCUUCCAGAACAUCUCCUUCCUCCAGCAUCCUCCCGAGGUCCUGUAGUGCUUCACAAGGGUCAUCCAGAACCUCCCCAGCAUCCAGUACAUCGCAAGGAUCUUCUAGUACCUUGCAUGAGUCUUCCAGUAAUUUACAUGAAUCUUCCAGCACCUUAAAGAAAUCAUCUAGUGUCUCCUCAGUCUCUAGUACAUUACAGGGGUCUGUAUAAUAAUUUUAAGGGCUGUUCAGAUUCUUAGUAAUUAUUCAAUUAUGGUCAGUUACCAUUGUUUUUAAGGUGUUCAUUAACUGUGAAAUUGAUCAGUGCCUUGUAGGGAUUGACCAACACCUUGUAUAAUUGAAACAGCACCUUGGAGGGAUUGACCAAUACCUUGUAUGAUUGAAACAGCACCUUUUAGGGGUCAUCCCUUGGGCUAUAGCAGUGAUUAGAAUGUCCUAGGCAUCCAGAAUCCAGCAGCAGCAGUGUUCACUGUCUUCCAGAUGUCAUUAGAAAUCAAUAAGUAGUUUUAUAGGCACUUAAAGCAUUGGACUGUUGCUGGAGCUGCAAGGCAUGAUGUAUGUGAAAAGUCUCUAUUAACUAGAACUUUGUAUAUGGAGGAACAUAGAUGUGACAUGUUUAUGGCAUACAAAAUACUUUUUCAGUUUCAUCGUUUUUUUAACAAUAAUAAAAUACUCUUGGGAUAAAUAUGAUCAACAAGGACAAAAGUCUGACCUGGUAGGAUUCAGAAAGAGCAAAUGCAAGCUGAGCACUCAUGAGAGAGGUUGUGAAGCAUUUUGUCAUAAGAGUAAUAAGGAACUGGAAUAGGUAAAUAAUAUCAGGUAAACUUGUUGACUCCACCUAGGGGUUCCAACAUCAAUACAUAGUAUUGGGCUGAUUCACAUUAGUCACUUGAAAGAGACGGGACCAAGUGUUUCAAUCCCCGUCCCCCCUCAUUCCUUAUUAACUCCUCUAGGUAAUUGCACUCACUCAUGGUAUGGGUGAUGUUCCUACACUUGAUCACACAUACUUACCCAAGCUCUAUGGUGAUUUAUCAUGUACUCUAUAUAGGGUAAUUACUAAUUUUCCCAUGACUGUGUUACUACAUAUUUCAAGGAGAAUUUAAACCAAUUAUGUAUUACAUAUUUGUGUAUAUAUUGAUUUUGCAAGAAAUUACUGUGAAUAUUCUAAUUAAAGAGGUUCUGUUACUUCACAAUACUGAAAACUUCACUUGACUUACAUCACAAAUAAAGGCUACCAAAAAUUAUCUAUUUUCCAGCAAAUAUUUCUCAUUUUUUUUUUAAGUUUUUGAGGAUCAGCAACCUUGAAUUACUUAUUGUUGCAUACCAAACUCAUAAAUAAAAAAGUAUAGAUACAGUGGAACCUCUACUUGCGAGCGUGUCUAUGUGCGAGUUUUUCCAAAUACGAGCAGUCGAUGGGUCGAUUUUUUGCUUCCAUACGCGAGCAAAAUUUCCACAAGCGAGCAGACCUCAAGGCAGGUUCAUUGACGCUGGUGAGGGACUCUUGCUCUUGAUCUCGGGAAUUGUAUCUCAUUUGUUCGUUGGACUAUCUUAUUGAAACUUGGGCAAUGUAUGAUGGAAAGAUGCUUCUUAACGUACACCAAAAAUGAAAAAUCUAAGCAUAAAUAAUGGAGUUCACUUCUCAGCAAUUAGCCACCCCUUUGCAGUAAUUUCGAAUGGUUUUUAUGGUUGUAUUCUCGUUUUUUUGGUCUCAUUUGAUAGAAUGGAGAUAUAUUACAGAAAUAGAUACGAUUUUAAUUGCUUUCACGAUGAAAAGUACCUUGAAAUAGAGCUCAACCUAGGAGAAAUGGUCCAUUGCUUGACUGUUUCAGAGUAAACAAAUGACAUCACUGUCCAUUCCAAUAUGCAAUCGUGAAUGGGUUGACAUUAUUUAUACAAUUAUUGCAAUAAGGAAUAACAGUAAAUCUUAUAUUUUUUGUGUGAAUGAAAAUUACAAAUUUUUUUUUUUUUUAUUAUCACACUGGCCGAUUCCCACCAAGGCAGGGUGGCCCGAAAAAGAAAAACUUUCACCAUCAUUCACUCCAUCACUGUCUUGCCAGAAAGGUGCUUUACACAACAGUUUUUAAACUGCAACAUUAACACCCCUCCUUCAGAGUGCAGGCACUGUACUGUAAUAAUAAUACAUAUAAUAAUAAUAGUAUAAUAAUAUAAUACAAUAAUAAUCAUAAUAAUAAUAUAAUACAAUAAUCAUAAUAAUAGUAUAAUAUGUAUAAUAAUAAUCUUCUUUCUUUCAACACACCGGCCGUAUCCCACCGAGGCGGGGUGGCCCAAAAGGAAAAAUGAAAGUUUCUCCUUUUACAUUUAGUAAUAUAUACAGGAGAAGGGGUUACUAGCCCCUUGCUCCUGGCAUUUUAGUCGCCUCUUACAACACGCAUGGCUUAUGGAGGAAGAAUUCUUUUCCACUUUCCCAUGGAGGUAAGAGGAAAUAAACAAGAACAAGAACUAGAAAGAAAAUGAAGAAAACCCAAAGGGAUGUGUAUAUAUAUGCUUGUACAUGUAUGUGUAGUGUGACCUAAGUGUAAGCAGAAGCAGCAAGAUGUACCUGAAAUCUUGCAUGUGUAUGAGACAGAAAAAAGACACCAGCAAUCCUACCAUCAUGUAAAACAAUUACAGGCUUCAGUUUUACACUCACAUGGCAGGACGGUAGUAUCUCCCUGGGCGGUUGCUGUCUACCAACCUACUACCUAGGUAUAAUAAUAAUGUACUACAUAUAAUAAUUAUAAUAAUAGAUGGCUUCAAAAGGCUGUCACUAGAUGGCAGUGUUUACCAAAAUAAAGAGGGAGCGGUUGUGGCCGCCUCCACCUGUUACAUAAUGACAUUUUAUUCAUUCUAGAGUAUACAUCAUGUUUCUAUGUUAUUUAUAUUGUUGUCAUAUUAGAUGAACUGUGAUAGAUAAAUAAGCCGUAUAGAUGAUGAUAGCUAAAUUAUUCUUGAAGUAUUUUGCCUGGUCUCCAGACACUCUUGUCCACCGCCGACACCGCCCAUACCACUACAUGAAUGACAUAUUUUAUUCAUUCUAGAGUAUAUAUCAUGUUUCUAUGUUAUUCAUAUUGUUUGCUAUGUCAUAUUAGAUGAACUGUGAUAUAAAUAAGCUGUAUAGAUGAUAUUAGCGAAUUAUUCAUGAAGUAUUUUGCCCAGUCUCCAGGCAAACUCGUCCACUGCCGACACUGCCCAUACCACUACAUGAAUGACAUAUUUUAUUCAUUUUAGAGUAUAUAUAUCAGGUUUCUAUGUUAUUUAUAUUGUUUAUUAUGUCAUAUUAGAUUAAGUGAGAUAGAUAAAUAAGCCGUAGAGUUGAUAUUAGCGAAAUUAUUGAAGUACAGAAUUCCACUGGAACGGAUUAAUUGCAUUUCAGUUAAUUUAAAUGAGGAAAAUUGACUCUGCAAACGAGCAAAUCCAGUUGCGAGCAAGGUCAUGGAACGGAUUAAACUCGCAAGUAGAGGUUCCACUGCAUAUUAAUAGAUCAUAUUAAUGGUAGACAGUACCAACAAGUUGAUAAAUAAGACACAUGUACAACAUUUUGGUAUCUUUAUUUCCAAAAUGUUUCAACUGCACAUCAAGCUUCUGCAGUGGAGCACAAGAGGUGACUGAUACACCUGAGAGGGACAAAAAAAGAGACUGAGGUGUUCAAUUCCUCAGUCUUGAUAAAAGGGGAGGUAAUUUUGAGGUGUAAUUUUUAGUGAUCAAUGUUAUGAAUUCAACAGUUUCUAUUAAGGCUUAGGGAGUACCUUAAAAUUGCCUCCCACUUCCAUCAAGCUGAGGGACUGAACACUUCAGUCUCUUCUCCACUUCUGUACUUGACUGAAGAAGUCUGCUGUGCACUCAAAAAAUUGGGAAAUAAAGAUGCCAAAGUGUUGGAAGUAUCUCUUAUUAUUAGUACAAUAUGUACAUGUUCAUUUAGCCAGCUUUUCCAUGACCAAACUGAAAAAAAAAUGCAACAGAGUAAAAUUGUCAAGUUUCUCAGUAACCACAAGUUAGUUUAUCUUCUCAGUGUUACAUACAAAGAUUAUGCUGAUCUGAUGACUGUGCAGGUGUGACCUACUUGGUCUGACCUGGUGUAAUGUACCUCAUCUGUGACAAUGUGACAUACCAGAAUUACUAGUGUGUUGUACAAGGAAAGUGCUGGUGUGACAUAUCAGGACUGUGUUGGUGUGGUGUAUGAGGACAGUGCCAGUAUGUUGCAUCUGUACAUUGGCAGUGUGAUACAUGUGGACAGUGUCAGUGUGACUUACAAGAACUAUGUCAAUAUGAUGUAUGAAGAUCCUGCCUGAGUGAUGCACCUGGACUAUGUCAAUGUAACAUAGCAGGAUUAUGUAUGUGGGAAGCACAGGAAGCAUCCUGUUAUAAAACCUCUAAUACAAAGUAAGUGCAACAUCCUUAUAAUAAUAGUUGCUGUAGUUGCCAUAGCUUUUGUCAUUCAACCCCUACUCUCAGUCUUGAUAUUUGAAGCCCCGGUCACUGGCCUUAGAUGUUGGAGGGUAUCCCUAACAUUACACCAUGGAUGUGGAUAUUCUUUCCCAACCUAAAAUAACGGUUCUUCCUUUGCUAACCCGACCUUUGUUAUCCACAUUGAAAAAUCUACAAUAAUAAUGGCUAGGACUAAAACCUCCAGAAGCUGAUAUGACUGAAUAUUUCAAUCUUGGACAAAUUUGGAUAUUUAUCCCUGGAUAUUUCUUAAACAUACCUAACCUAAAGUAACAGUUCUUCCCUGACUAACGACCUUUAUUUUCCAGGGAAAAAUGUUCAGACCUUAAAUAUUGGACAUUUCAGUCCCAGGUUUUUCAACCCCAGACAUUUCAACAUGGAUAUUUCCUAACGUACCUUAACCUUGAGUAACCAUUUUUUCUUUACUAACUUGUCCUUUGGUAUCCAUGUUGAAACAUUCAGGACUGAAACAUCGCAUUGAAAUGUUUAGGGCUGAAACAUUCAGGGGUGGAACUUUCAGGGCUGAAACAUCAGGGUUGAAAUGUACAGAAACUGAUACUUCACUAUUUCAGAGCAAAUAGUUAAAAAGAACAUCAAACUUCACAGCUAUUCAAAUCAGCUACCUCACUAUAACAGGUACUGUACUGCAUAAUAUCAUGAAGGAUAUUUUAAUGUGAAUCCCUGUGUCGCAGGUAGCAUACCUUUCCUAACAUUACAAGUGAGGCAAUACUAACAACAUUACUGUGAAACCAAGGAACCAGAGCUACCCACUCUUUACCUGGAUAAAACCAGAUCACCUCCCAUUUCUCAUAUGCCAAAUGACCCCUACAGGGUUAUCAUUUCCCCCAAGAAUAGUCAGCUCUCUCUCUCUCUGAUAGAAGUUCCCUCUUUUUUUUUUAUACAUCAAUUUUACAGGCUAAGAGCUGUUAUUCUACCUCAACUCAUUUCAAAGCCAAGCCCUAUCUAAGGUAUACUACCAUCCCUUCCCCUUCCCCAGGAUGUGACCCACAAUGGUCAACUAGCAUCCAGGUACUUACUGCUAGGAGAACAGGGACAGUAAGUGUAGAGAAACAUGCUCUUUACAGUGCAAUUUUCAUUUUUGUGAUGGACCAAGCACAUUGAACAUUUAUAUCAUGUAUGUAUUGUGAGGGCUUUCCAUGUAUUCAAUUCUGGAUGCUUUUAUUCAAUUGCAUUUUUAAAAAACUUGCACUGUAUAGAGGAACUUUAUAAGCAAGCUGAUUGUAUAAUAAUAAUUAUUAAGCAAAAUAUAACACUCAUUCCUGGUCCACUAAAAUUUACCAUUUUUUCAUUAACACAAAUAUUUCUUAUGGUCCAGAAUUUUUUUGCAUUUUUAGAAUAAUUUUGUGAUAGACUUUGAUACUUAAUUGCAAGUGAUGCCUUAAUCUUUUAAGCUAAUAGCUUAGUAUAGCAUAUGUAACUGUAUAUUUAUGUAAAUUAGGAAUUGUUAUGCACAAUAAAAAAUGCUUAUUAA